UAGGCAGGCAGGUAGGCAGGUAGGUAGGUCACAAGCACCCACCGCGUCCAGCCGCACCGCACUGCAGGCCUGUCUCAGGCCACCCCCACGCGCUUGCUCGCGAACCGCAGACCCCAGGUCGUUACAUAGUACCCAGGAUCCCACGCCAAUGCCUGCCCCGCUCAGAGCCAUCAUCAUCGAGGCCCUACCUUGGUGCCGGUGUAUGUACAUAGAUGCAGCACCUAGCAGCGCGUCCCGCAGCCUGUAAACGCAAGGCAGGCAUAGCUAGCUGCGGGGCAGCCCGCGCAGAUCAAACAUGCCGGGGUGUCAAGUGUCGAAUUUGCGGCGUACGUCAGAGGAGGAGGGGCAUGUGGGGUGUGGGCCGGAGGGGGUUAAGUAUUGGCGCUGCUGCUGCUUGUUUCUACUUCCGCUUGCUGUUUACUGCUGUUGUUGCCGUUGUUGCCGUUGUUGCCGUUGUUGUUGUCGUCGACAACCACAUACACAACCCACAUACCCACGUACCUAUCCGCCAAGCUACAAACCCACCACCUCGAUACCUCGAUACCUCCCUGCAUACCUACCUGCCAGCCAGCCUACAUAAGUAUCCAUAUCCAUAUCCAUCACCAUCGCCAUCAUCAUUGUCCAACCCCAUUACACACCACCGUACCGUACCCCCCACCGGCAACCAAACCCAGCCAUGAUAGCGGACCGCACGACCGCCCUGCCCGCCGCGCUGCGCCGCUUCCCGU